UGGAAAGUACACACGUAUGAGUGAACAACAUGUCAAAUGUAAGAUUUUCCAAUACGUUGUUUUAUUUGAGUUGAUAGGUUUUGUGUGAUUUUAUUUAAUAAAUACCACUACAAUGUUUGAUUCAACGAAUAAAUUUAAAAACUCCCUUUUGACUGCUGCUGGCCAGGGACUUCCAUUUGAAGAAAACGAAAUUAGUUUUUUGGUACCUGUCAGUCAACCAGAAAUUGUUCCAUCUGUUUCAAAUGCUCAAGCUUCUUCAACAUCUUCACCGGAAGUUGGCAAUACUUUGGCGGGAUUCGGAGUGUCUCCGGUGAUACCAGAUCCAGCACAAUUACCUCAAAUAUCAACUACAGAUAAUCAAUUUACAAAUAAUAAUUUAUUUGGAAAUGACAACAAAUUGAUUGAAAAUGUUACUCAUUCAGAAGGUCCAAAAGUGACGAGUUCUGCUCCACCUUUAUUAUCGUCGCCAAAUAUUAGUGCUUCAACGCCAACUUAUCGCCUCGGUCAUCAAAGACGUCUAAAAUAUGCUCCAUCGCCUUAUUUAACGACCACGACACCUCCGUCAUCAGCUUCUUCUUUUUUGCCACCGCCGACAGCAGAUAAUUACUCUUCAGCACCUGGAAUUGUAAAUGCACCGGAUAUUUUGAAAAUAUCUAAUGAUCCACCACCUAAACCAACAUUUACACCACCGAGAGCUGAUUUCAUUGAUCAAAAACAUGUUAUUGGUGCACCACCUGUAGUGCCAGUUACUUCCGCCGUACCUUCUUCAGCAUCUAAUCUUGGAUUACCUCCGUCAAUAACAUCUCCUCUCAGAGCACCUCCUUUAACAACAGCGACGUUUGGUGCUCCUCCUUUAACAUCAGCUACUCCUGCAAUACCACCACCUCUCGGGACACCGCCAAUUACAACAUUUAAUCAACAAAAUUUAGUAUUGAAUUCGAAUUCAACGCCAUCAACUAAUUUGAAUCGAUCAUCGCCAAUCCAACAACAAAGUACUUUAUCCAAUUAUUUUUCGAGUUCUACAUCUUCUGAUAACGGAAACAAUUUUUUCCAGCCAAAUUUUCCGAAUUUAAAUCAAGAAAAUUUAAAUCGAAACGACAAUUCAAUAACUGAUUUCUCUGCAUUAACUCCUGAUACUAAAAUUGCAGAAUCAACACCAACGGUUCUAAAUACACCGUGUUCAGAGAUAAAAAUCAAACCAUUAAUUAAGAAUAACUUUAAUAUAAAUAGAAAUGAAUCGAUUACUGGAUUAGCAGAUAAGAUAGAUACGCAAUUAAAUUUCAAUAAUAAUUCCAACGAUAAGCAAACAUCAAUUGCAUCAUACGUCACUACAGAACCAAUAAAUGCCAAUCAACAGAAUUUUCCGCCAUUACUUUACAAUCCAGUUAAUCUAGCCAAUAAAUAUGAACCAAACUUGGAACUCACUGUAUCCAAUACUACAUUUGAGUCCAUAUCAACUCUUCAAAAUAACUUUAUGACUCGUGUCAUGCCCGAACCAACACUUCCUGCAACAAUAAAUCCAAGUCAAGAUUUUAUGAAUCCAUUUUCUAAUCAAAGAUUACAUACGGAUCGAAUAAUUCCACAGAGUUUUGAGAAUUUAUCGAAUAAAAUAAUGACGUACAGACCUGUUUAUUAUCACUGGUUUUACUGCCGGAAAAUAGAGAAUAAAUUACUGUGGUAUCCUUUUUCGAUGCAUGACAGUUUGAAUUUAGAAGAGGUUCAUAAUUCAAAUACAAUCACUCCAGAGACUGUGGUGGCAACAGAUGGUGGUCGUUAUGAUGUUGAAAUUAUUAAACGUCAACGAUCACCGGUUUAUUGGUCUGGAAUAUCUACUGAGGUCAGAAGAUCUUCUUGGUUCUAUAAAGGUUCUUCGGAAUCGCGUUAUGUUCCUUAUGAAGAAAGUAUAGCUGCAAGACUGGAAGAAGAAUAUAAACAAGCAUGUUUAUCUAAUGACUGGAAUCGCCAAGUGCAACUUGGUAAUGGAGAAUAUAUAGUGUUUCAUAGUCCAACGAUACAGGUUCAUUAUUUGCCAACAUCUACUGAAAAUAGUCCGUCUUGGAGUAAAACUUAUGUUACUCCGAAUAGACCCAAAGUUGUUAAACGUGGAGUUGAUGAAUUUAAUAUUGAUGAAGGUGAACCAGAAAAAAUUGAUCAUUUGUUGUUCCUUGUUCAUGGUAUUGGAAGUGUUUGUGAUUUAAAAUUUAGAACUGUUGAAGAAGUUGUUGAUGAGUUCCGGAGCAUUUCCUAUCAACUUGUUCAAUCUCAUUAUCGAACAGCAAGUACCCAUGGAAUAGUCAAUAGAAUAGAAGUACUUCCGAUAUCAUGGCACGCAACACUGCAUUCAGAAGAUACAGGAAUUGACAAGAAACUCCGUGCAAUUACGUUAGAGAGCAUUCCUAAGUUACGUCAUUUUACUAAUGACACUCUCCUAGAUGUUCUCUUUUACACAAGUCCUAUUUACUGUCAAACUAUUAUGCAAACUGUCGGCAAUGAGAUGAACCGACUUUAUGCGUUAUUCAAAGACCGAAAUCCAACCUUCGGUGGUAAUGUUUAUUUGGGAGGUCAUUCACUUGGUAGCUUAAUUAUGUUCGAUUUACUUUGUCAUCAAAAACCUGUGCCUGAGAAGACACGAGAAGAUGUGACUGAAACAGCUGAUUUAGAUGAACAUGAAAAUUCUGAAGAUGACGUUUUCAAUUCAACAUUGCCAAAAAUGCCUUAUCGGCCACCCUUAAAACGUCGUGAAAGUAGAAGAAUUAGUUAUGUAAUGGGCGGUGCUGGCACCGGGCAACCUUUUAUUAUUUACCCACAAUUAAAUUUCCAUCCUAAAGCCUUUUUUGCACUUGGAAGUCCUAUUGGAAUGUUUGUAACAGUUCGUGGCAUUGAUAAUCUUGGAGAAAAUUUUAAACUACCGACGUGUCCUGCUUUUUUUAAUAUUUUCCACCCAUUUGAUCCAGUUGCAUACAGAGUAGAACCGUUGGUAAAUCCAGAAGCGCAUAAAUAUUCACCAAUGUUGAUUCCUCACCACAAAGGGCGAAAGAGAAUGCAUUUAGAAUUAAAAGAAACCAUGGCACGUGUUGGCGCAGACUUAAAAGAGAAAAUCAUGAAUUCAGUGAAAAACACUUGGAAUUCUGUGUAUCAACUGGCCAUGUUCUAUCAAUCAGACAAUCGAGCCCUGGAACAGGAAAUUGAUAAAGUGGUAGAAGAGCAGUUACAAAAAUCAUCUCUUAUGUCGGAUCAAGCUUCUCACAGUUCUGGGAUGCAACACAGUAGUGAUAAAACAAAUAACUAUGAUGAUGAUAAUGAAGAUAGAGAGAAUAGCAGCAUUAAUAACCAUCAUCAUCAAAGUGAUAGUAGUGAUAAUGGAUGUAAGAUGGAUUUUAACGUUGGUAACCUUAAUGGAGGCCGUAGAAUUGAUUAUGUACUUCAAGAAACCCCAUUUGAAUAUAUUAAUGAGUACAUAUUUGCAUUAACGAGCCAUGUUUGUUACUGGGAAUCGGAAGAUACGAUGUUAUUAAUAUUAAAAGAAAUGUACAACUCUAGUGGAAUUCAAGCAGAUGCGCAAUUACCUCAACAGAUGUUAACGAGCAAUCAAGUAAGUUAUUUAUCAUCGAAUUCUUUAUCAUCAUCGUCGCUAUCGCCUGGUCCGAUGUCACCUCAGCAAACUAUUGAUCCUACUGCUCCUCCAAUGAAUCCAGAAUUCAUUGGACCACCACCAAAAUCUGGUUUUGUUCAAAGAUCAUAAAUAAUUCAAUUUAUGGGUCAAUAAAAUCUAGAGCUAUUAAAUUCGAGAGUAUUGUCGAUUGUGAUAUUUAAAAAAUGUGGUCAAUUGGUUUCGAAUAUAUUAGACCAUUCACUUUUUCUUUCUUCGAUAUUACGAUAACAUAAUGAGUUUAGUGAAAAUUACCGUUAGUUAUGCAUAUCUGUAACAUUAAUACAAGACAGAAAAUUAAGAUAAUAAAAAAUAAAAUGUAUAUUAUUUUGUACAAAAAGGAUGAUAUUGUUUUACAAUAUUACUAUUAUUGAGAGGAUAUUGAUGUAUAUGAUGAAAUAUAUAAGAAAUAGAAUUUAAUAUCGAAUAUCUCCCACGCUGCUGAUUACAACGGAAAUUCGAAUUCCACGAAGAGAAAGUUUAUGUUUUUAUAUCCCCCUGUCCCCCCCUUAUUUUACGAUUGUUUCUUAUUUAACAAAGGAAAAUAAAGGAAAUAUAAAUUUUUUAUAUCAAAUCGUGUAAUUGUAAAUAUAUAAUGGAAAAAAGUUAUUAAAGUAUCUAUUGGAAUCUUAUGAGAUUUUAAAUCUCAUUUAAGUGAAUCCUUUAUUAUUUCAAAUAGUUUAUUUUAGUUUAAAUUUAAUGAUAACAGAAUUUAUAAAAAUCAAAAAAAUUGUAAAUAAAUGUAAUACAUAUAUAAAGAC